UCUCAGAGCAUUAGGUUUCUUCAAUUUAUUCGUUGAACUCGGCGCCUCUCAUCUCCGAUCUUCACUCUCUCGACUCUCGAAUUCGAUCUCAUCUUCAAUCUCCAAAUUACUUUCUGAAAUCUUUCAGUGAAAGAUCUAAGUGCUGCGGAGUUUGUUCAUCAUGGCGGACGUUAUGCUGAUGAAAGAGAUUGAGGACACGGCUGGUCGGCUCGGGAUAGAUCUUUUUCAAGUUGAUUUCGACUCCAUUCGUCUUCCUCCUGACAACGAUUUUGGGAUCAUUAGUGAUGAUGAAGAGGUUCUACAAGAGGAGAGUCUGGAGUUUGAUUCUGGAUUCGGAAAUGUUAUUGUUGUUGACAAUCUUCCGGUUGUUUCUUCGGAGAAGUUCGAGAAACUUCAAGGUGUUGUUCGUAAGAUUUUUGGUCAGGUUGGAGUUAUAAAAGAUGAUGGUUUAUGGAUGCCCGUUGAUCCUACGACACAAAAAACUUUAGGUUAUUGCUUUAUCGAGUAUGGUACCCCACAGGAAGCCGAGCUUGCGAAAGAGAAGACCGAUGGGUACAAGUUGGAUAGAGCCCAUAUUUUUGCUGUUAACAUGUUUGAGGACUUCCACAGAUUUAUGAAAGUUCCAGAUGAGUGGGCUCCUCCUGAAAUUAGCCCAUAUACUCCUGGGGAAAAUCUUCAGCAAUGGCUUACUGAUGACAAAGCACGUGAUCAGUUUGUUAUUCGUUCGGGUUCUGACACUGAGGUCUUCUGGAAUGACGCUAGACAUUUGAAGCCCGAGCCUGUUUACAAGCGUUCUUUCUGGACUGAGAGUUUUGUGCAGUGGUCCCCCUUGGGGACUUACCUAGCGACAAUUCACCGACAAGGUGCUGCAGUUUGGGGUGGAGCAGGUACCUUUAACCGUCUGAUGCGCUUUGCUCAUCAACAGGUGAAGUUAAUUGAUUUUUCUCCUGGUGAGAAAUAUCUGGUGACUUACUGCAGUCAUGAGCCCAGCAAUCCUCGUGAUGCAAAUAGGAUCGUGAUAAAUAUUUUUGAUGCAAGAACAGGAAAAGUUAUGAGAGAUUUCAAAGGAAGUCCAGACGAUUUUGCUAUUGGUGGAACCGGUGGUGGUGUUGCAGGCGUGUCUUGGCCUAUUUUUAGGUGGGGUGGCGGGAAAGAUGACAAGUACUUUGCCAGAAUUGGUAAAAAUGUGGUCUCUGUCUAUGAAACAGAGACUUUCUCACUAAUUGACAAAAGAUCUUUGAAGGUUGAAAACGUAACGGAUUUCUGCUGGUCUCCUACAGAACCAAUUAUUUCACUCUUCGUUCCUGAGCUUGGUGGUGGGAACCAACCGGCUAGGGUGAGUCUUGUUCAAAUCCCUAGCAAGGUAGAGUUGAGACAGAAAAAUCUUUUCAGCGUUAGUGAUUGCCAAAUGUACUGGCAAAGCAAUGGGGAUUAUCUUGCUGUCAAGGUUGACAGGUAUACAAAGACGAAGAAGAGCACAUACACAGGUUUUGAGCUUUUUCGCAUUAAAGAGCGGGAUAUCCCUAUUGAAGUGCUGGAGCUUGAAAAUAAGAAUGACAAGAUCAUUGACUUUGCCUGGGAGCCGAAGGGGCACAGGUUUGCAGUUAUUCAUGGCGACAACCCCAGGCCAGACGUAAGCAUUUACACGAUGCGCACCGCUCAAAACAGUGGACGGGUAUCAAAACUUACGACUCUGAAAGGCAAGCAGGCCAAUUCUCUUUUCUGGUCACCUGCCGGACGCUUCAUCAUACUUGCUGGACUGAAAGGUCUGAACGGACAGUUAGAAUUUUUCAAUGUUGAUGAGCUGGAGACGAUGGCAACCGCUGAGCAUUUCAUGGCUACCGACAUUGAAUGGGAUCCUACUGGAAGGUAUGUUGCUACUGCAGUAACUUCUGUUCACGAGAUGGAAAAUGGCUUCAACGUCUGGUCAUUUAAUGGAAAGCUUCUCUACAGAAUAUUGAAAGACCAUUUCUUUCAGUUUGCGUGGCGCCCGAGACCACCAACCUUCUUGAGUCCCGAGAAAGAGGAAGAGAUAUCCAAGAAUCUGAAGAAGUACAGCAAGAAGUACGAGGCUGAAGAUCAGGACGUUUCUAUGCUGCUCAGCGAGCAGGAUCGCCAGAAACGUAGAAGGUUGCAGGAGGACUGGGACAAGUGGUUGAAUGAAUGGAAGAUACUGCACGAAGAAGAGAAGAUGUUCCGGCAGAAACUGCGGGAUGGCGAAGCCAGUGAUGAGGAAGAGGAGUACGAAGCAAAGGAGGUUGAAGUAGAAGAGAUUUUGGAUGUGACAGAGGAGGUUUUAUCGUUUGAUUUUGGACAGGAAUGAGGUUCUUA